CUCUCUCCGCCUCCCCAGAUCGACCCCUGUCUUCCUCGCGUUUCCAAGCCUCACAACACCAUGCGUUUCUCCGCCGUCGCUGCUACCGCCCUUGCGGCCAGCCCUGCCAUUGUCGCUGCCGCCAAGGGUACCAUGGGCUUUGCCCUCGGUACCAAACAGCCAUCUGGAAGCUGCAAGACCCAGUCCGACUAUGAAGCCGAUUUCGAUGCCAUCAAGAGCGGCUCCGGUGCCACGAUUGUCCGCGGAUACUCUGCUUCCGACUGCGACAGUGCAAAGAACAUUAUGCCCGCUGCCAAGAGCAAGGGCUUCAAGGUUGUUCUCGGUAUCUGGCCCGAUGUCGAGGAGUCCUUCGAGAAGGAUCUCAAGGCCAUUACCGAUGUUGCCAGCUCCUACACCGACUCCAUCUACGCCGUCACCGUCGGCUCUGAGACCCUAUACCGCGGCAACUUCACUGGCCCCGAGCUGAAGGAGAAGAUCAGCACCGUCAAGGGCAAGCUGCCUAAGGGCAUCAAGGUCGGCACCGCCGACUCGUGGAACAAGUUCGCCGAUGGAACUGGUGAUGCUAUCAUUGGCACCGCCGACAUCAUCAUGGUCAACGCGUUCGCCUUCUGGCAGGGCGCCAGCCGUGACAAUGCUACCCACACCUACCUCGACGACAUGUACCAAGCAGUAACCCACAUCGAAAAGGUCGCCGGUGGCGCCGACAAGAAGCCCGAGAUCUGGAACGGCGAGACCGGCUGGCCGACCGUCGAGGGCACCGACUACGACGAGGCCAAGGGCGGCCUGGACAACGCUAAGCACUUCUACCAGCACGGAUUUUGCUCACUGCUUGACUGGGGCUUCAACGCUUUCUACUUUGAGGCUUUCGACGAGCCCUGGAAGCCUGCUUCUGUUGGUGAUAAUGGAAAGGCUGCGGAUGAGACGGCUUGGGGUGCUAUGACUUCAGAGAGGAAGACGAAGUUCUCACUUCAGUGCUAGACGAUGGUGCUGAAAGGUGUUAGAGCAAGGGAGCAUGUGUAGAGCUUGGAUGUACAAUUGCACAUUUAGCGUAGAUCGAUCUAUUCACCCAUCUGAGGUGGUGCUUUUAACGAGGUCACCUUGUUCUAGGAACACUUCGCCGAUUCGACAAACUCCAUACCUGUAGGCGGGAAGAAACAAGAGACAUAGGAGAGCUUAUUCUCUAUCCAAUAUGGGCAUAUAAGACAAGCAAGACACAGGCUGAUUGCACAUACGAUAGAUGCUGCUAGAAACUAACACGGGUGCGGCCGUUCUCCCACCUCAAACGUGAGGCAUACCGGCGGUCAUCUUCCGAAUAUCCCCAUCGUCUUGAUAGAAUUGUCAUCUUUGGUAUCUCCAAAAGCC